AUGAGGCCUCCAGUGAUCCAGGCUUGCGACUCAUGUCGCCGGAGAAAGAUGAAGUGCUCCAAGACGUUCCCGAAGUGCGCGAAGUGCCGCGAGGACAACCGGGUGUGUCUGUACUCGCCCAAGAUCCGGCGGAGCCCGCUGACGCGGGCGCACCUGACGGAGGUGGAGACGCGGCUGGGACAGAUGGAGCAGCUGCUGCGAAAUGCGUUUGUGGACCUGGACGCGGACACGCUGCUGAAGCACCGGCACGACCCGCAGCUGCGGGAGAUCCUAUUCGGGCGGACGGUGGACAUCGGGGCGCUGAGCCGGACGGACGAGUACAUGGCAAGCCCGCUGCCACCGCUGCGGCAGGCCGAGUUCCAGUGGUACGAGCGCCGGGACCUCCUGACGGGGACGGGCUUCAACAUGAAGCAGUCGCCGCUGCAUAGCCUGGUGGCGGAGGCCCAGCAGGAGGGCCUGAUGGCGCGGCCGUCGAAGUACGAGCGUAUGCAGCUGGAGGAGCAGAGCACGACGCUGCGGUACAUGCAGGCGUACUUCGAGCACUUCCACUGGCUGUACCCAGUAGUGGACGAGCACGAGUUCUACCUGCUCUACGAAGACCCGAGUACCGCGCCCGACGCCUGUCUCUGGACCGGGCUGGUCAACGUGGUGCUUGCGCUGGGCGCGUGGUGCGCCGGGGCGCCGCCCGCGGCGCACGUGUUCUACUACGAUAAAGCGGAGUCGCACGUGCUGGGUCGCAUGCUACGGACGGGCGACCGCGUGCUGGCUAUCGCGCUGCUGCUCAUGGCCCACUAUAACUACAUGACGCACCACCGUAACACGGCAUGGAUGCUGCUCGGGCUGGCGUCGCAGCUGGCCACCUCGCUCGGGCUGCACCGCGAUCUCCAGGGGCUCCCGCCGAAGCAGCGGACGCUCGCGCAGAUCCUGUGGUGGGGCAUCUACUCGACCACCACGCAGGUCGCUCUGGAACUGGGCCGCCCGAGUCCGCUGCCCCGGAUCGGGCACACCGACGUGCCCGUGCCGGAUAUGACCAAUCCGCUCUACUCGCACCUCGCCAACGAGGUCAACCUGGUCAUCCAGCUGCAGCGGAUUAUGCAUGUGCCCAAUCCGAGCGUGGCGGUCUGCCUCCAGUGGUACCAGACCGUCAAGGACUUCUACCACAACAUCCACCCCGGUGCCGGCGACGACAGGGACAGCUACCUGCUCCCCCGCGAGGCCACCGACGAGCAGCCCAACCGCCUCUUCUGCAAGUACCGCAUCACCUGGAAGUUCCACAUCUGCGUGGUCAGCAUCCUGUUCAACUCCAUCAUGGGGAACGUCCCCAACGUGGACACCAACUCCUGCUACUCGAUGUGUCUCAAGUUCACCAACGAUAUCAUCAACUCCAUCGCGACGUUUUUUAACACAUACAGCCUUCCGCACCUGCUCUCGUGGUACUCCAUCAACUACAUGAUCCGCGCAUCCACCGUGCCCCUCUACUGCCUCAACAGCCCGCCGCCGAAGACCUCGGAUCUGGAGUUCCUGCUUCGCUCGCAGCUCAUCGCCACAAAAGACUUUCUCAAGAAGUUCCUCCCCGAGUCCAAGCUCGCGCUCCGGUACUCCGACAUGCUCGCAGACGCGUGUAACCGCGCCUCUCUGCGUAGCCACUCGCCUUGUAUCGGCUCCGUCGAGCCUCCGCCGCUGGUGCCGGAACCCGCGGCCUUCUCUGCAUUUUCGGCCCCGCAUUCCCCCACCGCGCCCUGCGCCGACACCUUCUCGGACCUCCUCCCCUUCUGGAACCGCCCUGCCGGCAAGGCCGAUUCUCCACUGCUCAAUCCGAAUCAGAUCUCCGCCGCGGCUGACUGUUCUGCCAUGUUCGACGAUAUUGCCACUCUCAACAGCCCAGACUUAUACACUACGGCUGUCAAAGACCCCGGUACAGAUUCGCCGCUCACCGACACCGCCUAG